AGAGUGCAUGAGGUGGCACUGGAGGGAUCAGCCCUGGGCGGGCUCCAGCUGCCAGGGACAAAGUCUGGGCCACGCCCUUCCCAAGAACACACAGGACAGAGCAGGGCGAGGCCCAGGACAAAGGCCUCUGAGGCAUCCAGAAACAGAAGGAAGGCUGGGCUGGGGACCCACUCCUCCAAUCCAGACCCGGGGGCACACCCAGGGCUACGACGUUGGAUGGCGAGCUUUCCAGCUGGGGACCCAGCACCAGGAGGUGAUCCUUGUGUCACUUCCUGCUCUUGCCCCAUAAAGAUGGAUCGAGGUCCACAGGGGCACCACCAUGGUGGAGGACACGGUCAUGGCCAUGGGCAUCAUGGUGGUGGGCAUCCUCCAGGUCACUUUGGGCUCCUCCAUGGCCUAGGCCGAUUGCUCCAUGGGCACCCCCCUGACCAUGGCCCGGGGCCUCAUGGUCCACCACCUGGACAUGGCCCGGGGCCUCAUGGUCGCCCCCCAAGACAUGGCCCAGGGCACUGUGGCCCCCACCCUGGACCACAUCACUGAGGAAGAAGAUGAGACAUAACAUGGGCAGCCUCAGUGAAUUGCCUGCCUCACCUGGGAUGGGACCAGGAUCCAGAAUAUUCUUCUCUUAAUAAACAGCCUCCUG